CGCGAUGGAUGCUGUUUCGAAAGAGAUGCUUUCGGGGGAGGAAGGGCGGUCGGAGCUGGGCACGUACGCCAACCUGGGGCCGGCCUCACUGCCCGAACCCCAGAUCUGCAUGUGGAAGUACCUGGACUUUCAUUCCAUGGACCUGCUGGAGGGAGCGGCCACAGCCGAGGAGCUGCGGGAAGUGCUGGCAGCACAGCUGGGGAUGCAGAGCCAAGAGCGGAGCGUGAAGGAGGCCGUGUUUCUGGACAUGCUCUGCCACGCGCUGCUCUUCUGUCGUCGGCAGCGCUUCUCCCGCGAGCAGACCUCGGCCGCCUGCGCCCUACUACAGGACACGCACAAGGCCUGUAUAGCAACGCCUCUGGAUAACGUGGAGGAGUGUUACAGCCUCUUCAUCCACCUCCUCUUCUGCCACGGAGUCAGGAGGCCUCCCUUCAGCAUCGACCUCUUUGAAAAGGAGCAGCUCCUGAGCCUGGCAGAUUACGUCUUGAACACUUAUUUCCGCCACUUCAAGCUCUACAAAUACGUCUUCACGCCGCAGGUGCGCCUGGAUCUCUCCCUGGACUAUGUGGGACUUCCCGCAGCCGAAUCCUUAGAAGAAGAGGACGAGCCGGCAGGGACGGAGCAAGAGGUAACCUCGCCUCUCCUGGAGGAACCCGAGCCAGAGCCCGGUGAAAACCAGGGCUCCGCGCUGCGGGACUAUAUCUCGGCCCAGCUGAGUCGGGAACUGGGGCAGCUGCGGCUGGCGGUGGAGGAGAGGCUGCAGACUGGCGAGGAGCAGCUGAACGCCCGGCUGGCCGCCCUGGAACAACCCGCUCCUCCUCCGACGGUCGCAAGAGGAAAGGGAAAAGCCAAGUGACCGAGACGGGGGCCGUCGGGAGCCGGAGAAGCUCGCCGGUAAAGGGUUGGGCACCC